UGUCUGCUGCGAAGCUACAAACCGACUGUGAGGGACAGUACAACAUCAGAACAAAGAAGAUAUACAAAAAGCAAGCGACUGGAACGUCUUUGUCUUGCAAGGAUGAAUGUAAGCAUUGAAACUGAAGGGACUGUGAAGGUGUGGUACGUUAGUGGUCAUACUGGUCACAAUCCAAGUCUAAAAGAGAGCCAUUUUCUCCCUCUCCCGGCCUCGUGUAAGGACAAAAUGAUUCAGAAAUUGACAAUGGGAGUGACAAUUGAGCGAGUUCUUGAAGACUUCAGGCAGGAGCUAGCUAGCAGAGAGAACAGAGAUGAAUUUGACAAUCUUGCUCGGCGAGAUCACUUUGUUACAAGACAGGAUGUACGAAACUGUCAGAGGAAUUUCAAUCGACUUUGCCAAGUUUGGUCACACAAGUGAUGCAGAGUCUGUCCAAUCUCUUGUGCAGAAAUUACAGCAGGAGAAAUACAAUCCAGUUCUUCUGUACAAGGAAUGGGGCAUAAAAAUGACAUUGUACCAGAUCUCCCAGCAGAAUCCUUCCUUUUGUGUAUUCAAACAAAGCACCAGAAGGAAUUGUUUCAGAAGUAUGCCAUGAACGUUCUGUGCAUGGAUUCGACACAUGGCACAAACCUUUAUGACUUCAAGCUUAUCACAGUGAUGGUUGCUGAUCAGUUUGGGCAAGGUGCUCAUUGCCAGUGAUGCGUGGCUUUUGCACGGGAUUGACUUAACUUAAAUAAACAACUAACAUAUUUCCCCAUGCCAUGUACGAAGAACGGUUGGUUGGUGCAUUUGUAGCAAAGAGGAAAAGCAAUAUGUGCAGCACUUUUUACAAGCCAUCAAGGAUGCUGCCCCAACUACAACUGUCAAAACAGUCACGACUGACGAUGGUAAGAAAGAAGAUAAUCUACUGGCACCAAUGCAAAAUAAACAUCUAGAAAUCAAAUGUUUACUGAACAAUCAUUCACAUUCUAAAGUAGUACCGUAUCUUCUCACAAAUGUGGAUUGAUUGAUCAAUUAUCCACAGAUAACACUGGAUGGUUUGCAGCAAGAUCUGUCUUUGGUGAUAUCAUAAAGCACCUCCUCUGCCAUUGGCACGUUGAUAGAUCACUUAAACGUAACAUAUUUUCCAAAGUGAAAACCAAGUCAGAUCAAUUCAGCAUUUAUCAGUCGCUGUACUUGUUGAUACACCAUACAGACAACAGAUAUGUUCCAUCAAUAUCUGGAGUCAUUUGCUGAUGCAUGGAUACCCAAGGAACCAUCAUUCAUCCAAUAUUUCAAAACUUUCUAUGCCAGUAGACCAGAGAAAUGGGCCAUGUCGUAUCGAAAUUUCAGUCGUGCUUAUACUGAUACCAACAUGUUAUGUUCGUUGAAAGCUUUCAUAACAAGUUAAAGCGAAAUCCGUCCUACCUGAGGGGAAUGGCAAAUCGAAGAGUGGACCAAUUAAUUACCACACUGCUGAAGAUGGAGGCAGACCAGUUUAUGGAUGUCCAGAAAAGGGAUUGUGGCCUACCAGAGGUGUCACUCAAAAGAAACAGACAACAUCACAUCAGAACGGACUACUAAUCCCUGAUCAUCACAUUACAGAGGUACCUGACAGUGCCAACACGUGGCAAGUACAGUCUCAAACAGAGACAGGGACUCUUUACACAGUGAAAGAAGUUAUUUCCAUCUGUCCACAUCUUACCUGUUCUGCUGUUCCCUGUGAUGCACAAGAAUGUCAACCACUUUGCCGCCACUGCUACCAUUGCACCUGCUUUGGAUUUCAGACUGGUCAUCUGUGCAAGCACAUACACAAGAUAUGAUCACACUUGAAAGCAACUCACAAAAGCAAAGAGACACAGCCAGUUGUAGAACAUCCUGAGAGUAUGGUAAUUGAGCAAACUGAAGCAAAGGCUGCAGUAAACAUUCCAGCAAAAGCAAUGGACACUCCAGGCAAGUCCAGUGGCAUGUUCAUUUCAAAUCACACCCCAUUUGUGUACAUUCUAUAAUUCUCAUGAUGCUAAAUUGUCUUAGAUUGUGUGCACCUUGAAAGAAUUGCAUCCAUUGCCAAGAACAUUGCCAUCCAAGCAGAAAGAAGAGCCAUUGAAACACUGCAUGUACCACAGAUACUGGCCCUGGUCAAGGAAGCGGAAUUACUAUCGAGACUGAAGCAAAACGGUACUGAUUCUGCUGAGCUGAAAACAACACAUCAAAUACCACCAGGAAAGAAAGCCCAACAGUAGCAGCUCCACUUCAAGAGGCUAACCAGAAAAAGACAAAAACAAAAAUCAAAAGGGAUUCUAAGAGCACCAGACAAGAAUGAAGCAAAACGCAUCAAAGAAAGUCUGAAGAAACAUAGUGAUGAGAAGCACUGUUCAUUGAAGCCAAUUUUUAUGGAGGCAGCUCAUCACCACCGAUCAGCAGCUACACAAAGAGUUGAUGGGGAUCAUGAUCAGUCAAACAAAGAACUAUCAAACAAACCAGAGCAGCCACUACAGCAGAGACAAGGGCAGCAUAUGGGAGAACAGCAACACGUGCCCACACAGGACUGCCAAUUGAAGCAGUACCAUCAGCCACAGUGUGCCAUGAAGUCACAAAGGUUGUCAGCAAAGUCCAAUUGCAAUCUAGGAAUUUUGCAAAGCAAUGUUGGCUGGAUUGACGAUGGAAUUAUCAACUCAGCCCAGCGGAUGCUGAAGCAGAGGUUUCCGGAAAAGAACGGUCUCCAGAACACCCUUUUGUCGCAGCAGCAGCAGUUUGUAGUGGUUAGGCAAAAUUCAGUUCAAAUUCAUAACAUUGGCAAUCACUGGGUAACGACAUCAAGCGAUGAACAAGGGAGUAUCCAUUUGUAUGACAGCUUGGUCAGAUACAAGCUAUCGAGUCACCUAGAACAGCAGAUUGCAUCAAUCUACCGAAGCAAUGAGAAGGAGAUUACAGUUUCAAUACGAGCAGUUCAGCAACAGAGAGGUGGCAAUGAUUGUGAGCUAUUUGCAAUUGCUUUUGCCUACGACGUUGCUUCUGGCAUUGAUCCUGAGUAUGUAACUUAUAUUCAAUCUGACAUGAGAAAACAUUUGUUCUCAUGCGUCAAGAAAGGCUAUAUAACACCAUUUCCACGUUAUUUUCAAGGCCUCACAAGGUGUAAGCGUUCUGUAGCCUCUUUCGCUAUUUAUUGUGUUUGCAGGCAGCCAGACAGUUUUGGAAGGCUGAUGAUCCAGUGCAACUGUUGUGAUGAGUGGUUCCAUUGCAAGUGUGUUUGUUUGAAACCACCUGGCAGAACAUUUUACUGUCCAACAUGUUCGAGUGAACAAGGUUGUUAGUUGACACAACAGACUUUGUACAACAAGCAGUAAACAGUUGCUAGUAAAACUGUGGCACUUCAUGUAAGGAUGUUUUCAACUUUUUCCUUUUACGAGACUUGACCAAUUAUAUUACUUCGUAGCAAGCAAAACAGUAGAUUUGUUGCUUCAGGCUAUCUGUUUAUGUGUACUUUCAGCGUCAAAGUAUACAGAUAUACCUAU